UUUUUUUUUAAUUGCAAGCAUAUUCUUUUAAUGACUCCAGUAAAAUUAAGCAUCAAGUAAACAAAAGUGGAGAAGAACCUACACUUUUUAACUUGUCUCACUAGUGCCUAAAUGUAGUAUAAAGGCUGCUUAAAGGUUGUAUGUAGUUGGAUUUUUUUGGAAGCUGAAGGUAUCCAUCUGCAGACAUUGAGGCCCAAGUUGAAUUUGGAUUCAAGUGGAUUCUUAAUACUUCUGCCUGUGUUGAAGAGAGAAGCUUCAUAAGGAAUAAGCAAGUUGAAUAGAGAAAAUAGUGAUCAAUAAUAGGCAUUUUAGUGGUCUUUUUAAUGUUUUCUGCUGCGAAACAUUUCAAGAUUUAUUGAUUUCCUCCUCUCCCCAUUUUUCCCACCACACUCACACACGCACGCUCACACUUUUUAUUUGCCAUAAUGAACCGUCCAGCCCCUGUGGAGAUCUCUUAUGAGAACAUGCGUUUUCUGAUAACUCACAACCCCACCAAUGCGACUCUCAACAAGUUCACAGAGGAACUUAAGAAAUACGGAGUGACAACUUUGGUUCGAGUUUGUGAUGCUACAUAUGAUAAAGCUCCAGUUGAAAAGGAAGGAAUCCACGUUCUAGAUUGGCCAUUUGAUGAUGGAGCUCCACCCCCUAAUCAGAUAGUAGAUGAUUGGCUAAACCUGUUAAAAACCAAAUUUCGUGAAGAGCCAGGCUGCUGUGUUGCAGUGCAUUGUGUUGCAGGAUUGGGAAGGGCUCCUGUGCUAGUCGCACUUGCGUUGAUUGAAUGCGGAAUGAAGUAUGAAGAUGCUGUUCAGUUCAUAAGACAAAAAAGAAGAGGAGCAUUCAAUUCCAAACAGCUGCUUUACUUGGAGAAAUACCGACCUAAGAUGCGACUACGCUUCAGAGACACCAACGGACACUGCUGUGUUCAGUAGAAGUAGAGGAAGGCCGGCUGGAUCGUGGCAUUAGAGGGAACUCUUGGUACCUGGAAAUGUGAAUCUGGAUUCUUACCUGUGUCAUCAAAGUAGUGAUGGAUUCAGUACUCCUCAACUCGUAAUGAUUGAGAAGGCAAACGAUAAAGAAAUCUCUCUAUAACACGAAUAAAAUGUUUAAGAAAAGAAAAAAAGAAAGGAAAAGGGAUUAAUUUAGUGAAAGAUGAUUUUGCUCCUAGUUUCGGAGUUUUGAUUUCUGCCAGGAUUGAAUUAUUUCAAAAUCUCCUGUGUUUUUUAAGCUUUUUCAAAAUAGAUGUCUGAGGAAAACCAGCAGAAUAUUAACCAGUGUGGUCCAGUUGCUGGGAGCACACGCUUCCAUCAUGCUUGGCACAUGGGUCUCUUUGUGGUGGGAUUUGGGGGAGGUAGAUUUUCCCCAUCUUCUCUCUCUCUGCCCCCCCUCCCUUCUGAUCCACGUAGAUGGAAUAGAAAGAAGCCCUUUUUGCUGUAGAUGUGCGUGUGUCUGGCAGCCUUAAGCCCACCUGGGCACUUUUAGGGGGAACAAAAAAAAAAAACCAAAAAAUAAAUAAAUAAAAAAUAAAAGCAAAGAAAAAGCAGUGGCGCAUAUAUUCACGGUCCAGGUGGGUUCAGUCUUAUUGAGGAUGGAUGCUCAUAUUAGGUGUGUGUUGUUUUUUUUUGUUGUUGUUUUGUUUUGUUUCCUUGCAGCCCUGAUCUACCAUUAGGGCGUGAAAGGUAGCCAGGAGCCUUUGGUUUUGUAAAUGAUGAGGAGAUGACAUCCUAAACUGAGUCUUUCUCCUGGUAUUUAGCUGAGAGAAUCCUUUUUCCCAACAGAGAAACGAGUGGACCUCCUAGAAACUUUAUUGCAGUGACGACUGGAGGCCACUGAUAGUGUGUCCAAGAGAGGUAGUAUGUUUCUACAAGUGUAGAACUGUGGGCUGUGGAUCUGCUAGCUAACAAUGUCAUGGAAAAGUGGCUUCAGAAAUAGUCAAAGGAGCUACAGAACAUUCAGAGAGUUUUGGUCUUGAGAAAUGCCUGUGGUGGUGGUUUUCCAAAUUCCUCUUUAUUUGUGCAGUUCAGUGUAAUCACCUAUCUAUCACAUUAUUUCUAGAUUCUUCUGAGAUUAUAAAACAAAAAAAUCACUGUCAGAACCAGCUUUGCCCAGUGAGUAUGGGUCCACAGGCUGUAAUGGGGUGGGAGAGCAGCAGCAGACAGCCCAGUGACAGCACAUGUUCAUGGCAGCCUGUGGAAGUGUUGUGGGUUCUCUGCUCAGUGUGUUGAUACAGAAAAGCAUUUUCCUUAUUUGCAGAAGGCAGUUGACCAGACAAAGCAGAUGGAGGGGCACCUCCUUGUACCCUCUUCAUCCAAACGUUCCAUACUUGACAGUACCCUGCUACAAGCCUCGAGGGCAGGCCUUCAGUUGUCUUGUCCCACUGGAUGUUAUUGUGCAGAGCCAUAAGCUUCCGUUUUGAUUUUGUUCGUGUCAGUCAGGCCAGUGGGAUGGAUGACAUGUCGUUGACAAUACUACAGAUGGUGGCAGCUUUCUGAGCUGCCUGUUUACUGUUGAUGGAAUUGUUCUGAUUUCUAACUAAAUGGAAAUAUGUAGUCCUUGCCUCAUCCCAGAAAAUGAAAAAUAAUGCUUUUGGCACUGUUUCUAGAAUUUUAAAGUAAAAAAUGAUGAUAUAAUCUAAAAAUUCUUACCUCAGAGCAUGACAAUAGAUUUCUUUAACAAAGACUCAAGAUCAAAAUUUCUUAUAAGUUUAGGUUGACUGUGACUCCUCAAGGGUUUUGAUCAAUACCACCCAAACCUUUUCCACUUGACAUGCUAAGAAUUUUGGUGUGUGUGUGUUUGUUCAUGAGCAAAAUAGCUCCUGUGAGGGUCUGUGCAGGUGUCCCCCAGCAUCAGUGCCUGCCUGAGACAGAGUAUCAUUCUUGAUUCUGGGGGAGGAGAGGGGUGUGUAAAGGAACAUAAAGCAGCCCUUACUUUGUCUUAAAGAAGACUAAUGUUAAUUGUUCUCAGAACUGGACUUUUUUUUUCCCCACUCAAAAUUAAAACUUUUUUCUUUUGAUUUAAUGAAGUAUAUUGCUAGCUGAAGCCAGUUUGACUUGUGAGAGAGGUCAGACUGCUGGAAGGUAUGCAGCCUGAUUCACAACCAAACCCUGAACCCUUUGGAAGAACAAUAAAACAUAUUUUACAUGC